UGCUCAUUGAGAAGUAAAUUAUAUAUAUGAUAAUAACGUACCGAGACGCUCCUGUUACAUCAUUAUGAUUAUUAGAGCCAUAUUAGCAAUGCUAGUUUUCAAAACAUGCAUCUGCUUGGAUCCACCGCACAAAGAACUAGAAAAAUAUCCUGAAUAUUGGAUGCACGAUGCAAACACUAGAUUGCGAGAAUCAUUGAAACGUUUGACGCCAAACACAAAACCUGCAAAAAAUGUGAUUUUGAUAAUUGGAGAUGGAAUGGAUGUGGCAACAAUGACAGCGGGCAGAAUUUACAAAGGACAAAAGUACGGAACUUCUGGAGAAGAAUUUCAGACAACUAUGGAUAAAUUUCCUUACGUUGGACUGAGUAAAGUUUAUACAUUAAAUAGCCAAGCACCGGACAGUGCAGGCACGGGAACAGCAUUGAACACUGGAGUUAAAACCAACAGUAAAAUGGUUGGUUUGAGUGGACAAGCUGUACACAAUAACUGUUCAUCGAGUAUUGGAAACGAAAUUAAGACGAUUUUAGAAUAUUCAGCGGACCAAGGUAAAUCCACUGGAAUAGUGACAUCAACUUACCUCACCCACGCAACGCCAGCAAGUGCGUACGCCCACGCACCAAACCGUCAAUGGAAAACUGACGCAGACUUGACAGAAGAAGCAAAAUUAAAUGGGUGUAAAGAUAUUGGUUCACAACUUAUUGAACAUGGACGAAAAAUUAAUGUACUUCUUGGCGGAGGUCGAGCUUUCAUGCGACCAAAGGGUUAUAAAGACGAGGAAUACGGUGACGUGGACGACUCACUCGGUGGACGAAACGACAACAGAAACUUGAUUAAAGAAUGGAUCAAAUUAGAAGGAUCUGAUAGAGCAAAGUAUGUUUGGGAUCAAAAAGGAUUUGACAAUGUUGAUCCCACAAACGUCGAUAAUUUGCUCGGAUUAUUCGAACCGGGAGAUAUGAGAUUUGAACAUGACAGAAGAAAUGAUCUUGCCGGGGAACCAAGUUUGGCUGAAAUGACAGCAAAGGCUAUCGAAAUAUUAAGAAAAAACAGGGAUGGUUAUUUUUUGCUGGUAGAAGGAGGAAAGAUAGAUCAUGGACAUCAUUCUGCAAAAGCCAACAUUGCGUUGUCUGAGUUUGCAGCAUUAGAUGAUGCAGUGAAGCUUGCAACUCGUAUGACAAAUUCAGACGAGACGCUGAUCGUUGUAACUGCGGAUCAUGGUCACAUGUUUACUGCAGGGGGAUAUGCUGUUCGCGGCAAUCCUAUAACUGGACUUGCUGAUGAUCACGAGAAACCCUCAAAAGCGUUGGACGAUGUGGCUUACACAAGCAUUGUAUACGGGACUGGAAAUGAUUGGUUGGGAAAUAGUGGAAAUAGAAGACUCAAUAGACAUGCGUCUGCGUCAUUUCAAAUGGAUUUUGAGUUCCCUUCUGCAAUACCACUCCAGUCCGGAACUCAUAGUUCGACCGACGUUGCAGUGAUGGCUCGGGGACCCAUGUCACAUCUACUCAGUGGAAUUUAUGAGCAAAAUUUCAUAGGAUAUCUUAUGAUGUACGCUUCUUGCGUAGGUCCGGAUAAAAGACAUUGCCGAUCGCAAAGAAGAUUUCAUACAUGGGAUUGUUCAAAAUACGUUAAAGGUUCAUUAUUUCGAAAAUCAUCCUACAAUGUGCGGUUUUCCAGUAUUUCACGACAGAACAAAAAUGUGCCUUGGUGGUGCAGAGAAGUAUAUGAAGCUGAAUGGACAAUCAUGAAACCUUUUUCUGCUCCCAAAUCUACAUAUUUUCCUGCAACACGGCAGUCGUAUGAGCAGGACAAUACCAGGCCAUGGCAAAUGACCACAAGAUCAAAUCUCCCUCAGCGGCCUACCAUUCAACCAAAGAGAAAAAUGUACACAACACGCCCAUUUCGUCGUUUGGUAACGGAUACUUACGAUAUGCGACGUGCAACCGCACCGACAACAGCAUCAUAUAGAAAACGACAAACGACUCCCAAUCCUCGAUUAGCACGGAGGAAACCGGUUCAAAGGAUGUCUCCUAAACCUCCAUCCAUCAGAAACAGUAAAGCAACCACCAGACCACAAUUCAGACGCGGGACCAGGACGGGUGGUUCUAAAAUCUUGAAGCCCACACCCGCCGGGAAUAUUAAUAACCGGGAAAAUUUUAUGCGUCGGCCUAAAACGACACCAAUGACAAAUCAUCGACAACAAACAACAGUUCGUUACUCGGAAAGGAAAUCACAAAUGUGGAAUCGGGCGCGAACAACUGAGGCACCCAGGACAGGAACCCCUACUCCUUCCGGGAAACUCAAUCGUAAAGGAACAGCUUCAAAGUUUCAUAGGAGAAAAAAUAUUCAAACUGGUAUUUUGAACAAGAGAACGCGUACGAACGUAAGAAGAAGAAUGACAACUGCCACACCUCACCGUAUUUUUCGACGGGAACUAACAACAGAAAGCGAGGAUGACACAAUCUCUAUCUCAAACGGGGAAAAUUAUAGGCCUAGCUCUACUUCGCCAACACCUAACUCAGUGACAUCUGGACGUGGCAACUUUUUAGACCGUUUAGCAAAGAUUAUCAGGUCACAACUAGAAUAUAUGACAAUAACCUCUAGUAGUACUGGAAUGACUAAGUUGGAUUUGUCGUUGAUGGUGAAACCAACAGUGAAAAACAUGAAGGAUUCUAGGAAAUACAAAAAGUCAGCACUUUCCAGCACAAACGAAACAAGAGCAACAAUUGUGUGCAUAAAAUGGAGUUCUACUGAUGGGCUCAUCACUUUGGGACCAAAUUCAUCCGAACACUCAUUCAUUUACAAAGAGCCUAAGAACGAGAGACAAAUCAACAGACAUGUAAAAGCCGCGUCAGCAACCGACAACACUGCAGCUCUUGUGCUUCUAGCUCUGUUCGCAGUUGCUUUCUUACUUUUGACGCUUGGUCUUCUUUAUCAAAUCAGAAAACGUGAUGCAAUGAUAAAAGAAAUAUUAGCAGAACGAAAUAAAGAGAAAUUGAAAGCUGCCGAUUCCAGGAUGCGUUUGCAAGAUGUUGACGAAAACGACGUAGUGUAUGAGGAUAUAAAUAGUAACAAUAAUAAUGUUAUUGAGAGAUCAAGAGUAGGUGGGGGAGUUGAGACUAUUUUUCAAGUUUGCACCUCUCAUACCCAAGCACCUACAAGAUUGAAGUAAUAUACAUCAAAACUAUCCCGUUAAUCUGAUAAACAUCGUCAUUUGUAUAGUUUACUUUAAACGAACGAUCACUGCUCAAAUAUAUUAUCAUCGAACGACUAAUAUGACCGUUGCAGUGUCAGCGAAAUUCAUGUGGAAGGUUGUGACUUUUGCUGACAAAAACGAGAAAAAGAUCACUUCAAUUAUUCGAGCAAGCUGACCAUUGGAAGUAGAAAUUUACGUGAAAGAGGCAAUAACACUAGAUGCACGACCUUUUCAUUGUGGCUUGAUUUCUGUACUUUGAAUACUUAAUAUAAAUAUAUUACAUUAUAUUAUAUUCUUAUUUCCCUA